GUUGAACCCAUGAGGGUCAAACUCGGGGAUAUCAAGUGAAAUACAUGUAAUACUCUAUAUUCAAGAAUGACGAGACGUAUUGCUGUGGUCACAGGAAGCAAUAAAGGAAUCGGAUUUGCUAUAGUGAGGGCGCUGUGCAAACAGUUUGAUGGUGAUGUGUAUCUCACAGCUAGAGAUGAAGGAAGAGGAAGGAAAGCUGUGGAGAAUUUGGAAAAAGAAGGUCUUCAUCCCAAAUUUCACCAGUUAGAUAUCACAAACCAAGAAAGUAUUGAUAAUUUACAGAAGUAUUUGAAAGAUAAAUAUGGAGGACUGGAUGUACUUGUCAACAAUGCAGCUAUCGCAUAUAAGUUAAACGAUGCUACCCCCUUUGCUGAACAAGCCAAGUUUACAAUAGCUUGUAACUUCACAGGAACAUUAGAUGUAUGUAAAGCUUUAUUACCACUGAUCAAACCACAUGGCAGAGUUGUAAAUGUUGCGAGUGUUGGUGGAACAUGGGCUCUAGAUAAGAUGAGUCCAGAACGUGCUAGCAAAUUCAAGUCACCCAGUCUGACAGAAACUGAACUUGUGUCUCUUCUUGAAGAUUUUGUGAAUGCUGCCAGCGAUGGAACUCACACUGAGAAAGGUUAUCCUAACUCUGCAGCUGGUACGGCUAAAGCUGGUGUAAUUGUAUUGACUGGAAUCCAAGCACGUGAUUUGAACAAUGACCCCCGAGAAGAUAUCCUUAUUAAUACAUGUUGUCCUGGCUAUGUGAAGACUGAUAUGUCAAGCCACCAAGGAACAAAGACUCCCGAUGAAGGAGCAGAGACUCCUGUCUAUCUUGCUUUACUACCACAAAAUGUUGGUCAGCCACAAGGAGAAAUGUUGUCAGACAAGAAGAUUGUAAAAUGGAGAUAAAUACUGAAUAUACCUAAGCUGUUACAUGGAAUAUAAUUCAUUCGUAUAAUAGCAUCAGCAUUCCAUUGGUACAUUGUAUAGUUAUGGUCAACUUAAAUAUUCCAAGUUAUCAAUCAUAUUGAAAUUUAACACCGUAAUAUUAACAUUUGUCCAUGAUGAUUGUUUGUUAUAAAUUUUGAGGCUAAUCCUGUGUUCGAAUAAUAAAUAUUAGUUUAUCAUU